AGAAGGAGAGAGGAGCUGCUGGGGCUCUGGAGGAACCUGGAAAGAGAAACCAAAUGUGCUGCUGAACGUGAGGAAUAUCUUGACCAGGAGCCCAGUGGUUUAGCACACAGAUUUCCCCUCCAGGGAUAUUUGUGUUUUCCUUUUUAUUUUGGACUCAGUUGCCUCUGUGGAUUAUGGGAUGUUACCAGUUGACUGAGACCAGGAGCUGCUCUUCCUUGUUUGGGAUCUAAGGCAGGAGCAGGCUGGCUAGAGUGUGCUCCGCACGAGCAGUGAAGGUGAGGAGCACCGGGGUUGAAGGGGAUGGCCACACCAGGUAUUUCUCCAGCUGAAGACUGAGCUGCCAUGGAGCAGAGGUGAACCGGUUCCUUCACAUCGGAGAAAACAGCAAACAAGCACAAAAUCAUGGGGAACUCGUACGCAGGGCAGCUGAAGUCAGCUCGCUUUGAGGAGGCUCUCCAUAACUCGAUCGAGGCCUCGUUGCGGUCGAGCAGUGGCGACCCACAGCCAAUUUUCACACAGCUUUACCUUGAGCCUGACCAGUACCCUAGCAACAUGGAGGACAUGAAAGUCAAAGGGGAGCCGGGCUUUCGGUCUGCAGAGACCAACGGCCCUCUGCUGGUCAGCAGCCAGGCCUCUCCCGACAUGGAUGACCUGGACGACGAGGACGAGUCGGACACCAGCAGCCCACCACUGCCCUACCUGCAAGGACUGGCCCCGGAUGGCUGCUGCGUCAUGGAUGGCUUCUGUCAGGCAGGGAAAGACCUGCGACUGGUCUCCAUGGCAACAGAGGCCAUUGACGUUCCGCCUGGAUUUGAGCUGGUGGGGGCCAAGUCCCCAAGCAUCCCUGAGCACGUACUGGUUUGUGCAGUGGACAAGCGCUUUCUUCCAGACGAGAAUGGGAAAAAUGCACUUUUAGGAUUUUCGGGAAAUUGUGUGGGCUGUGGAGAGAAGGGCUUCAGAUACUUUACGGAGUUCUCCAACCAUAUCAACCUGAAGCUGGCUACUCAGCCCAAGAAGCAGAAGCACUUAAAAUACUACCUGGUGAAGAAUUCUCAGGGUGCUCUGUGCAAAGGACCACUGAUCUGCUGGAAAGAUUGUAAAACGAGGCAGUUCUCCAGCAGCGCUUCUUCGUCCAAACCCAGCUCCUCUUCCUCGCUGAGCAGCAAAGAGAACAGCGGGACCAACGGCCACAGCUCCUCGCCACUCUCCAUCACAGAUUCGCCGCCAGCUCAUGUCCUGUCCAGAUCCUCUGGUCUCUUUGGAGGCCAAGACCUGCCCAGAGAUUGCAGCUUUAUCAAACCACUGGCCACACAGGGUACAAAGACACUGCCAAUAGUUCCCACUGCUCUGCGGGUGAAUGGCUUAACCAAUGGGCUCAGCGCAGAAGGGAGGCCUGUGCAGCUGAGCCCCACGCAGCUGACCCCUCUGGCCCUGCCCCCCCACACCUACCGCCCCGCAGAGCCCGGGGACAGCCCAGUCUCCACAGCCAUGUCCUCAGGCCCCCCUAAGAAGCGCCACCGGAGCUGGCACCCUUCGUCCACAGUGGUGCCCGUCCCCUCCACGGCCAUGCCAGUCCCCGCCAUCAGGCCCCUCGCGUGCACUCCAGGCGCUCUGUUGGCACUGUCUAGUCCCCAGUCUCCAUCUGUGUCUGCACUGAUCCAGCCACAGCCAGUCACAGUAGGAGAGACAGUCAUCGUCCCUGACAACCUGCUCAACAUCUCUGGAGUCCGGCCCGUCAUCCUCAUCGGCCAAGGCACUUUACCAUAUUUCUAUGGCAACGUGGGAGACAUCGUGGUGAGCCCCCUGCUGGUGAGCUGCUAUAAGGGCAGCCAGCUGCCUGAGAAGACCCUGGAAAACCUGGGCAUGACCAGCAGCCAGCUCCUCACCGUGGAAACCAUGGCCCUGCUCACCUUGCAGUACCUUGCCCGUCUAGGCCCAGAGGUGAUCCCGCUGCGCGAGGAGUUUGAGCAGAUCGUGCUGAAGGCCAUGCUGUGUGGGCCGCCCGGUCCCCCCGUGUCCCCGGCCCAGUUGCCCUGGCUGGCCCGCGUGGAGGCCAGCGUCUCUGGAGGCACCCUGCAGGUCCUGGUCACCCAGAAGUCCCUGGGCGAGGGCAUCUCCGAGUCCCUGCGGACCCUGAGCGAGGGCCCGCACCCGCAGUGCCUGCCCAACUACGUGGUGAUCAUCUGUGCCUCCAAGAUGAGCGGCAACGAGUUCUGUGUUCUUGUGCUUGGAAAGUACCAAGCGCGAGCGCUGGCUGAGGGCAUGCUCACCACCAACGAGUUCCUCAAGGAGAUCAGCUACGAGCUCAUCACCGGCAAAGUCAGCGGCCUGGCCGCACACUUCCAGAGCACCUCUCUAGGAGACAACCUGGAGAAGCAACUGAUGAAGUACCAGCGGCGGCGUAAGGAGCAGGUCAUCCAGCCCUUCCAGGGAGACGUCACAGACUACGUCCACACACAGGAGGCGGUGGCUAUGGUGCCAGCCUCAAAAGCAGACCUGCUGAACGAGGUGUUCCAGAUCUACCCCCCUCAGCUGAGCGUGGCGCGCAGCCUCCUCUCCCAGGUCUGCUCCAUCGCCGACUCGGGCAGCCAGAGCCUGGACCUGGGCCGCUUCUGCAAGGUGGACUUCCUGGUGCUGGUGCCCCCCUCCCACGUCCUCGUGCACCAGACCGCCCAGCGCAUCAGACAAUCAGGUGUUUUGGUGGACCUCGGCAUGGAGGACGCUGCGUCUGCGCUUCUCAAAUCAGACAAGUAUGUGGUGCGACUGGACGCCGACGUUCACGCUAAAAUGGAGGCCUUCAUGAGGAAAGUGAAACUGAAUCCCUACACCCUGUUCGUCCUCAUCCAUGACAACUCUCACGUCGACCUCACCAGCGCCCUCUCUGGCUCGGUGUGCCAUGGCGAGCUGCAAGGCCUGGCCGACCGCGUGGUCAACUGCCAGGAGGUGCUGGAGGCGGUCAACCUGCUGGUGCUGCAGGUCAGCUGCUUCCCCCACACGCUGCAGACGCGCCAGUCCCGCAUCAGCCUCCACAACGAGGUGCACUGGCCCAGCCGCGACACCCUGGGUGAUCCUUCUCCCAAAGACCUGGUGUACUUCGGCCUGAGUGACUACAGCAGCUCCCUGCAGUGGGGCGUGGCCAGCCCCAUUCUCCGCUGUGAUGACGCCUUCGAGAGGAUGGUGAACACAUUACUGGACAGGCACCCCCACCUGCACAGCAUGGUGAUCCGCAGCUACCUGCUCAUCCAGCAGUACACGGAGGCCAUGAUGGCGCUGACGGUGGCGCCGCCGCUGCGCGACCACGUCACGCCCGAGACGCUGACCAUGGUGGAGGACCUGAUCAGCGGGCCCGGGCGCGGGGCGUCGGGCCGCGGCCACAUGCUCCUGGUGCGCGUGCCCUCGCUGCAGCUGGCCAUGCUGGCGCGCGAGCGCCUGGAGGAGGCCCGCGACCGCCUGGGCCUGCAGUACCGCUUCGCCGUGCUCCUGGGCAGCCCCGCCGCCGAGCUCAGCCUGCCGCGCCACUUCUGCAACCGCCUCCGGGCCUGGCGCGGCUGCAGGAACGAGGACUGGGUGCCCCAGACGUACGAAGACCUGGAGGGCCUGCCUUGCAUCGUCAUCCUCACAGGAAAAGACCCCCUAGGAGAGACUUUCCCCAGAUCCCUGAAGUACUGCGACCUGCGCCUGAUCGACUCCAGCUACCUGACCCGCACUGCCCUGGAGCAGGAGGUGGGUCUGGCCUGCACCUACGUGACCAAGGGCGUGGUGCCGGAGCCCCGGAGGAGGUUCCCCGAGGAGCAGCCGGAGGAGGAGAAGGGCUCCGGCCCCGCCGACGACACACACAUGGACCUGGAGAGACCCCACAGCAACGGCAGCGCCGUCACCAGGGCCUCGGGCUCUCUGACGGAGAACGGGGUGAGCUCCUCUGGCAUGCCCGACACCUCCCAGAAGGCCUCCGUCUCCUCGCGCUCGUCCUCGCUGACCGAGACGGGCAGCAGCGGCACCGAGGAGGCCAGCUGCUCGCCGCGGCGGGUCAAGCAGGAGUGCGACUCGCUCCAGGGCCCGUCCACGAGCGCCCGCUCCUUCUGCUCCUCCUCCGCCUCCUCCUCGUCCUCCUCCUCGUCCUCCUCGCCGUCGUCCUCGUCGGCCACGCAGCGGCCCAGCCAGUCCACGCAGCCCCAGUGGCGCGCGGCCGGCCACAGCCACCUGUACCCGCGCACGGCCGUGCUCUCGCGGGCGGCGUACGCGCUCCUGGCGCCGGGCGCCCGCGACCACCCCAGCUCGGCGGCGCUGCUCCCCCACGCCGACAUGGUGUGGAGCAGCCCCCUGCGCCCGCCCCUGCCCCAGCGCGCCAGCGCCGCCGAGCAGUCGCUCUACUACCGCCAGUGGACCCGCGCCCGCAAGCACCACGCCGACUCCGAGGGCCCCGCCGCCCCCCACCCCAGACGCCUGCUCCUGAGCGGACCGCCGCAGGUGGGGAAGACGGGAGCGUACCUGCAGUUCCUGAGGAUCCUGUUCCGCAUGCUGAUCCGCCUGCUGGAGGUGGACGUGUACGACGAGGAGGACCUGGAGGAGGACCUGGCCGAGCCCUCCGACCAAACGCCCACCACCGUCACCCGGUGGCCGGACGUGGAGGAGAUCCGGAAAAUGCCCUUUGACCCCGUCCCCCGCGACCCCAAGUUCAGACUCUCCAGCCCUUUGCAUUCCAAGAAAAUGGCCAAAACAUCAACAUCAACAUCAACAGGGUUGAAAACCGAAGCUGUGAGCGAUGCUCCUGCCAAAAGGGACACGGUGUCCAUCCGACUAAGCACCUACGCGGCCCACAAUGCCUUUCACCACUGUGAGCACUGCCACCACUACUGUGAGGCCAGCCCGGCCACCCAGCUCUCCGAGUGCACCUUCCACGCCUUCACCUUCUGCUCCUCCAUGCUGGGCGAGGAGGUGCAGCUGCACUUCAUCAUCCCCAAGGCCAAGGAGGGACACUUCAUCUUCAGCCAGGAGGGCAGCCACCUGGAGAGCAUGCGCCUGCCCCUGCUGUCCGACAAGGACCACGGCCUGAAGAGCCCCAUCUUCACGCCCACCACGGGCCGCCAGGAGCACGGCCUGCUGAACAUCUACCACGCCAUGGAGGGCGCCGAGCACCUGCACAUCCUGGUGGUCAGGCAGUACGAGAUGCCCCUCUACAGGAAGUACUGGCCCAACCACAUCCUGCUCGUGCUGCCCGCCAUGUUCAACAGCUCCGGAGUGGGUGCGGCCCGCUUCAUGAUCAAGGAGCUCUCCUACCACAACCUGGAGCUGGAGCGCAACCGGCAGGAGGAGCAGGGGGUGCGCAGGCAGGACGUCUGGCCCUUCAUCGUCAUGAUGGACGACUCCUGCGUGCUGUGGAAUGCCCAUCACUACGCGCAGGACAGCAGCGGCGCUCCCGAGGUCACCAACGUGUCGCUGAAGAUGGUGCUGCGGCACAUGGAGACCACGCCCAAGAUCUCCUCGUACGCCACGUGCGGCGUGCGCAAGUGGAGCAGCGGCCUGGCCUCGCGGCCCACCGCCGCGCCCUUCUCCCGCUGCCACCUGCACGACUUCCUCAUGCUCAACGUGGACCUGACGCAGAACGUCCAGUACGACCUCAACCGGUACACGUGUGAGGAGGUGGACUUCAAUCUCAGGGCCAACAGCAGCGGCCUCCUGGUCUGUCGCUUCAACCAUUUCAGCUUCAUGAAGAAGCACAUCCCCACCGGGGGCCACAAAGACUUCCUCAUCAAACCCAAACUGAUGGGCCUGGAGAGCUCGACGCCCAUCAGCGCGUCCCAGUAUGUGUGCGCCCCCGACAGUGAGCACACCCUUCUGGCCGCCCCGGCCCAGUUCCUGCUGGAGAAGUUCCUCCAGAGCUGCAGCCACCGGCUCUUCCCCAUGACCCUGCACAACGCCAGCAACCCCGUGCUGUCCAUCGACAGCUACCUCAACCUGGGCCCAGAGGUGUCGGUGUGCUACGUGAGCUCGCGGCCUCACUCCGUGAACCUGGACCACCAGGGCCUGGUCUUCAGCGGCCUGCUGCUCUACCUGUGCGACUCGUUCGUGGUGUCCGGACUCCUGAAGAAGUUCCGCUUCCUGAAAGGGGCCACGCUCUGCGUGAUUUGCCAGGACCGCAGCUCCCUGAGGCAGACCAUCGUGCGUCUGGAGCUGGAGGACGAGUGGCAGUUCCGCCUGCGCGACGAGUUCCAGACGGCCAACUGUAGCGAGGACCGGCCCCUCUACUUCCUGACCGGACGCCACAUCUGACCCCCCGCACGAGAGAGACAGGUGGAGAGACCACGGGGGAGCGUCCUGCUUCAUCUCCACCAGGCCAGUGGUUCUGUCAGUGGACUGCAGGCCGACCCGAAAAGCAGGUGGAUGUGUAGAACCUUUGGGCUAUGGACGUGGCUGUGACCUUUCACCCUGCACUGCACUACUGCACCGCACACAGGGAAGGCCUACAGUACAUCACAGGCGCAUGUGAGGUGUCUGACCUCAUGCCUGGCCUAAAUUUAGCUCAGACUUGCCUCUCGUUGGAAAUGAGACAAUUAGACAUUUCUGUGAGAGCUGCCUUUUGGUACGCUCACAGUUCUUUAAUGAUUUAAUGUUUUUUUUGUUGCUAUGAACUCCAAAAGGACUCACACAGAUGCUGUGAGAAAGAUUGAAAGAUUGUAAACCUGGCUCUGUCCACAGGUUCUGGUAUGUCUCUGAUGGGAUAUACUUUUCAUCUCAGGGUUUUUUUGUUCCUAGAAAAUUGUUACUACUGCUUUGCUCCUCUCAUAGUGUUCAUUUUUUUGCCUUUCCAAGCACAUUGUUCAAGAUUGUUUCUGUAUCUCCUGUCCUGACUCAUCAAAGACUGUUCUCUUUUCUUAAUCUCCCAAUGGCUAUUUGUGAGUGAAUCAUCAUGCAGGUUUAUAUUCUGUUGCCCCUGCUUGGAAGUGAACUUGAUCAAUCAGUAAUUUAAUUGUAGUGAAUGUUGUGGAGUUCAAGCCGGCAGCAAUGACAAUGAAUGUCCCAUUCACACGCUUGGUAAACUCACAGAGGACAUGCUGAAGGCCACAGUGGAUUCACGUGGAGACCACCCCUGCAUUUAAAGGCUCAGUCAAUUGAGUCAAUUGUGAAGAGACACAACGUCAUGGUUUUCUUUUCUCCAGAUGCACAUGAACUUUUUUUUCGUUUGUUCGGGGGGUAGUUCAGGGUAACUACCAGUGCUCUAUACAAAGCGUCACAUACAAUACAGUGAUACAGUGGCUCCUAUUGUCUGUCAAAUCAGGUCACCAUUGCAGACCUCACAUACAAUUGUCUGACCGUUGUGCCUUCAUAAUAUGGCAUCUACCAGAGUCUUCAACUGAUAUGACUCAAUGUUUCACUUUUGCUGUGUUAUUGGAAACUCUCACUACCUGCAACUGAACACUGAACAAUGAACUUCCUGCCUUAGAUAUAUGAAAUAGUCAAAACGCUCUGUUACAUAUUGGAAUAGCACCAUAGCACCAUGUCUGGUCUUGUGUCUGGUCUUGUAUGGCCAGUGUUGUGAGUGCCGCCGUGUCUCUCCGAGCCUGAUGUUUCGUGUCUGUGCCUCCGUGUUCUUGUGCUGCUCACAGCGAGCACACAUUGUGCCUGAAUGUGUUGUCAUGUAGUUUCAGUGACAGCCUUGUUCAUAGACUUGGAGAAUGUCUUUAUCUUUUUUUAUUUCUCCGCCUUUUUUUUUUUUUUUUAGAUGAGUCAUCCUGCUUUUACACACUUGAAAAGGGAAGAACGUUUCCUCUGAAUGUGUCCAAUCAGCGUGACUAAUGUGAUCUGAUUUAGCCUGGUACCACUGUGUAUACAAAAGUCUCGACAAAAACGCUGUAGGGCUUUUAACAUGGGAAAAGUACUAAUCAGCUUAACACAGGAAGAACAUGGUUAGGUGAGACGAGAGCAAAAUCUUCAUUUUGAAAUGUGCAAAAGAUAUCUUUACAUGUGAAAGGUGUCUAUUAAUAUAUUAAUCUGAGCUUUUUUUCUCAUUUGGGGACUGGCAUUUUUACUGAUGAGUCACUUUGAACCACAUGUCUAGAUGCUUACAUGUUUCAACAUUCUGUUUUACCAAGUCACAAAGAAUCUACCUAAGAUUUCUUUUUACCAUUCUUUUAGAGCCUGUCUUUCCUGUUUUUGGCUUUUAUUUAAAAUGAAGAGCAGUCCUUUUUUGAGGGAUUCUUAUUUAUUGUUUCGGCCCGUUUGGACUUAAUAAUCAGGAUGUGAAUGUUUAGUGUUGUCUGUGCGCUAAACUAUAAUCAGAGGGUACCAACAGGGCAUGUAGAAAAGAUAUUUACCAAAGAUUCUGAAAUGAAAAUUGUGAACUUGCACUAUACAGACAAGAGGCCAAAUGAUACCGUUGUUAGCACACUGCCUUGAGUGGCCUAACAAGGCUGGAGAACCUCUGGGAAGGGUUGAGAAGCCACGAGUCCGACUGAAAACAUUGUGACCCCUAGAAUGUGUCUUGUAUGUAGAUAGUGUCAUGUGCACAUAACUUAUGCAAUUUGCUUUUCACAAUCUUCACAGAUGGAUUUAUCUGCUGUGCAUACAAAGGUAACUGAUGUUAGAAGGCCUGGGUGUUAGAACUGUCUACCUCAUCAACUUCCAUUAUGGUUGUGAACUAAUCAACAUUUGACUAUAGAAAUUAUGCAUUUUUGGUUUAAAAUGUAUGAAUGUAUUAAAAUGACAUUGAAUUGAA